GUUUGGACUUAGAGCAUGCGCGUUCUCGUCAGCUAGUAUAUGGAGUAUGGUCUGUCUAUCAGGACUUUAGUGAGGUAGAGACAAGUUACACUUCGUUUCAUAUGUAAACACUACCAACAUGUGGUAUAUUUGGAAUGUGUAUUGUUUUAUGUCAGUGGUUAAUCUAGCGAGGGGUCAAGAUACAGUAGAAAGAUUCAGAAAUGUAACCGAUACAAUUGACGGAUUAUUAGAAGGAUAUGACAUAAGACUGAGGCCAAGUUUUGGAGAGGAACCGUUAAAUAUCGGUAUAGAGGUAAUACUGGCCAGUUUUGAUAGUAUAUCUGAGGUUAACAUGGACUACACAAUUACCAUGUAUUUAAACCAAUACUGGCGGGACGAUCGUCUAGAGUUCUCUAAAAAUAGCAACGAAAGUAUGACCUUGACCGGAGAAUUCGCAGAGAGAAUUUGGGUUCCUGAUACUUUCUUAGCCAAUGACAAGAACUCUUAUCUUCAUGACGUCACAGAGAAAAAUCAAAUGAUUCGGAUAUAUGGUAAUGGGUCCAUAGUAUAUGGAAUGAGGUUUACGACAACGUUAGCUUGUAUGAUGGAUCUGCAUAAUUACCCUUUAGAUGAACAAGAAUGUACAGUAGAAAUAGAAAGUUAUGGUUACACAACAGAUGACUUGGUGCUGCAGUGGCUACAAGAUAAAGCUGUAUCGGGUGUGGAUCAGUUAGAAUUACCACAGUUUUCUAUUGUUAAUUAUCAUGCAGGACACUGGAUAGAGAAAUUAUUAACAGGGGAUUACAAGAGGUUGUCAUUGUACUUUUCAUUGAGGAGGAAUAUAGGAUACUUUAUCUUCCAGACGUAUUUACCAUCUAUACUAAUAGUCAUGUUAUCAUGGGUGUCUUUUUGGAUAAACCACGAGGCUACUUCCGCUAGGGUAGCUUUAGGUAUAACAACUGUAUUAACGAUGACAACUAUCAGUAAUGGUGUGAGAUCAUCGCUACCCAGAAUAUCUUAUGUAAAGGCUAUAGAUAUCUACCUUGUCAUGUGUUUUGUAUUUGUAUUCGCUGCCUUGUUAGAGUACGCCGCCGUUAAUUACACCUACUGGGGAGCUCGAGCUAAACGAAAGGCUAAACGAUUAAGAGAACGAGCUAAUUCAGUUCGUAAAGCAAGAGACGAUGGGGAAACCAUGCAAAACAACGCUUAUGAUACGAUGGAAAUGCGAGAAGUGCGCAUGUCACCAAUGCUGGGUAUACGAAAUAGUCAAAGUUUUAACAUGGAGUUAGACGAAGGAAACCCAGAACCUCCUAAUAUCAGAAUGGCGCCUGUGUUACCAAGGACAUACGUUUCCCAUGGUUACCUGCCUAGCAACAUGUUGCGGCGUAGAAAUAGCAACGGGAUACCUAAACGGAAAAAACUUUUCUCAAAUUUUAAGCAAAAAGCAAAAUCUAUUCGAGUGAAAAUCCCGCGUGUGCAGGACGUCAACACUAUUGAUAAAUAUGCUAGACUGGUUUUCCCACUUUUAUUUUUACUUUUUAAUGGUGCCUAUUGGGCGGUGUAUCUCAUGCAGUCAUAGGAUAUUGUUGUUAUUGAUAUAGAUUGUUGUCAGCGUGAGAACAAACCGGAAGGGCCAGCUUGUUAAGAUGGCUGUUAGUGACGUGUAAAACACAGUUAUAUCAUUGGGAACAUUGGUGUCGAUGACGAUAACAUUUUACAUUUCUAAUUCAAGUGAAGACAAUAAUGGCAACUAAUAUAUUAUACAAUGGACGACAUGGCGAUAUCCUUUCAAGAUUGAACCGAUAGAACAACAAACUUGUGGUUUGGUCGUAUUAGACGUUGUUAUGGUAACCUGGCUACUACAUCUUGUGUCGCCAUAUCAGUAAUGGGGUGUUGUAUUGAUAGUGUAAAAUGAUAGCGAAUGAAACCAAAGUGCAGAAUCUUGACGUACUGUCUCCUAAAACUCAUACAAUUGACUACAAGAUGUUGUUACCACAAUGACAUUGUGUUGUUACCACGGUUAUAGUGUGUCGUUACCAUGGUUACAGUGUGUUGUUACCCGGUUACAGUGUGUUGCUACCAAAAUUACAGUGUGUUGUUACUAAGGUUAUAGUGUGUUAUUAUCAUGGACAUAAUGUCUCGUUACCAAGGAGACAAUAUUUUGUGACUAUGGAAACAGCGUGUUGUUACCAAGGAGUUAGUAGAUUUACUGCCACUAGGUUACCAUUUAUACAUCGGUGUUACCAUAGUAACACUCAAUUGUUGUAAAGAUGACACCCAGAUUUGAUCAAGGUGACAAUAGCAGUAAGCAAUCAUCGUUACCAAGGCAACAGUGUCCAGUAUAUUGUUACUAUGACAAUUGAUAACUAUUAAAUGUCUAUUUCAUUAUAUUUUAUCUAUUUCUCUGAGUAAAAUUCCAGAAUUAUCAAUUAGAAAAUGAAAGUAGAACAAUAUAAGUCUGAUUCGAACAUUAUAGAUAUCCUUUAAUAAUUAUAAGGAGUAGAUUAUUUUUGCUAUUAUUUAGGUGUAUUAUAAUAUGAUAUAAUGUCCCAUGUAUAUUUUACUUUUAAAAUCAUGUUUCUAUUAAAAUAAUCAACCGGAUAUUAAAGUCAUUAAAGGAGAAGGGGUAAAGGGGCUGAAGGGACUCAGUUUCCUCUCAUCUCCUGGGUAUAAAUGCCAAUUCUCAAACGUAAGCUUACACCAUUAAGAUUUUUUGGGGUAAAAUCUAAAUAUAUUUCAUUGUAUUGUUGUAAUCUUCUGUAUUAUGCAAUUUAAUAUGAACUUGUAAAAUAAGCUGAAAGUAUGACUGUAUAUCAUGCCGAGCGCGCCUGUUACGAGACUGCUUGAGUUUUCAAUGUCGCAUUAGCCAAAUGGAUUUUGAGUUUUCAAUGUCGCAUUAGCCAAAUGGAUUUUGAGCAUAUUUAUGCUUUUUCAAUAUUGUUUUAAUUCCGCACCACUUCAGAUAGAAUGGCAUCACUACACGGUUUAGUGCUUUAGAUAUUACUUGACGGAUUUACAUCCAUUGUGUGUAUCGAAUUUGUACAGGAAGUGAAGUAGGCAGUUCAUCCUGGAAAUUUAUAAGAUGAUCUUAUACUCUGUCAAAUCGUCUGACGAGGAACAAUGUUUGUUUUUUUAGAAGAUCAACUAAGAACAUUUUUUUUUUUGUUUGGGCUUGUUUAAAACUCGCCAAAAUUUUAACCGCUGUAUCGGAAGAACUAAAAUUGCAAAUUGUAUGGCCUUGGAAUAUUGUUUUCUAUCCGGAAAAGGGGACUAGUUAACAAUUCGACAGGUCCCAUGAAACAGUAAAUUCAAUUAGGUAAAACGAAUCUGAUUAUUUCUGAUAAUUUUUUCCUCGGUCACUUGUUAGUGUCUUGCAAAUAAAAUACGUUAUCUACAUGUGCUCGGACGUGUGUUUCGUUGCAUGGGAACCUAUCGUUAGCUACAUGUACUGCUCGAGUGUGGGCGUGUGUCUCGUUGCCUGGAAACCCGUCGUCCGCUACAGGUAAUGCUCCGAUGUGGGUGUGUGUCUCGUUGCCUGGAAACCUAUCGUCCGCUACAGGUAAUGCUCCGAUGUGGGAGUGUGUUUCCUUGUCUGGAAACCUAUCGUUUACAUAGGGGUAAACUCCUCUGGACAACAAUAUGGCAACUAGAUUUUCAUCUGACGCCACAUUUGUUUUAAAUGUCUGUAAAUAUUGAAGUGUUAUCCUUUCGUUUUUGAUAUAUUGUGAAUAAAGAUUAAGGGUGAGAUCUUCUUGACAUAUUUCUCAUUAAAUUUAGAUUUAGCUUUUCCCAAUUUUGGACAAGUUCGCCUUGAUGCGGGUUAGUAUUGUCUAUUUUAGCCAUUAUUUAAAGAGAUCAUUCGAUCGAACCGUUUGUACACUGUACAUAACAAUCCAGAAGAUGUUCACAUUUGGAGUUUUAUUAGUGCACUGAAAGGUCAUAAUAUAUAGAUCUUAGAUUUUUUUCUUUAAUGAUUCAGGUUUGCAGUUAGAGGUGUUUAUAUAUAGUAGGGCUCACGAUUCAGCUUAUCAUAUGAUUCGGGCAUUUCAUUAAAGCCGCUUUUGAUCAUUUGAAGGAUUUUUGAUUCCCUCGAAAACUACGAUAUUGUAAACGUUCAAUUUCUAAUAUCCCUAAUAAGGCAAUAACCAUUAAUUGUUAAUUUCAUCAUUAAAUAACAUAUCAAAUACAAAAUCAAUAGAAGCAUUUAAUUUCUUGUAAAACAAACCCUGUAAAUUCUGAAGUUUUAUUAAAAUUUGUAAGUUCAACCAUUUGGUUUCAUAUAGCGAACAAACAAACAAAAUCUUUCUCUUUUAAUUGAUUGUAUUCCAUAUAAAUAGUCUUUGUGUUUCUAAUCAGGACCAUCUAGUCCUUCGGGUGGGAGAAAAAAUCGAGUUCCCGUGUACACAUUUGCAUGCACGUAAAAGAUCUCUUGGCAGUUGGAAUUCGAUAUAAUUCCCUCCUAGCACACUGCAUGGCGCAUGUCCGUCUUCGUUAACCCAGUCGGAGCAGAACAGUAGGACGUUAAACACCAUUUCAUUUCAUUUCAUUUUGAACCCCUAUGCUGUAGUGGACCCCGUGCAAUGGCUCAGCGUGCGCACGCGUUAAAACAGCCGUGUUUCUAAUGUGGACCCAAUCCUACACUCUCAAGGCUUAUUUUCUAUAAAUUAUAAAUCAUUUUUAGAUAAGAGACAGCAUGUGUUAAACUUUAAAAUUUUCUGUUAUAAUUAGUUCUCACUGAAGUAAAAUUGUAAUGGGGGGGGGGCAUAAUUCCGCUGAGAGACAUGUUUAGAAAUGCCAUCAUUGUAUAGAUUGCAUGCAUGAAAGUCUGUAUGACAGAGACCAUAAAAUUGUUCAAGCAUGACCAGGUAACGUUAGAUCGAUGUACAUAAACUUUUAAUCUAAACAAUUCUUAUCGUUAUGUAUAUGUGUAUAUAUUUAUAAAUAUUGUAUAUACAAUAUGAUUAUGUUAAGUAAAUGAUCAAUGUUUAAAUUCAAUCUGAAUUUUUAUUAACUGAAGUGGGGUUCAGUCAACUAUGACAUCCGUGGGGUUUGUCUCAAGUAUAAAUCUCAUGAUUGUUACACUGUGCGACUUAACCGCCAGACAUACACGUCAUUAUUGUUAACAAUGACGUCAUAGUGACCACUAUGGCUGAUCUGGUCGUGGACGUUUUGAUUGGCUGUGGAAUGUGGAAUGAAACCAGUCUUACGAGACGAAAUCUACCUUCGGGUUUGACAGAUGACCCCACGGACAAAUUGCAUAGUCUAAACUCCUCUUUAGGCUUUUUAUUAACUGAAUGGUGGUUUCUUACACUUUAACUUAGAACAUUGUGCACUUGUUUGUUAUCAACUAAUUCAAGUAAAAAUAUAAACAUAUUAUGUUACCACGUCAACGUCUCAAGUGAAGCGUGGCACUGGAUGUUCAGGAAAGAGGGGCCAUACGACAGAUGUACAGGAGAUUUCUAGAAUAAAUGAGGACAAUUUAAUAUCUCAUCUGUAUGAGUAAAGUCUGUGUGAUAUAUUACUGUUACACGGGGUGCUUACCUCGUUAAAUCUGGAAAUAAAAUAGCGAACGAAAUGUUUCAUGAAUUUUUGAAAUAAUGUGCUUCAGUAUUUUUCUAUGACUUAAAUGCCGUUUAUAAAUUCUGGAACAAGACAUUUAUUCACUCGGUCUAUUUACCUGUUUCCUGUAGCGUACCCCCCCCCCCCCCCCGCCAACAACCAACACACACACACCCUCCUUAAAGAAAUCGCCUUCUUGUAAAAGCUAAUACUAUUUACCCGAGCCCAGUAGCUUACCCCCACCUCCAAACCCAAUCCCAAUCGAGCCCCUGUAGCAUACCUCCGCACCCCCGCCCCCUCACCAACUCAUUCUUAAUGAAAUUGUCCGCUUACACAAACCCCAACCCCCAAACAGAACUCGUCUUCUUGUAAGAAAAAAAAUAUUCUUCACUAAUAAUACUAUGUAGCCAAUCUCUCCGUCAGCUGGCCUAUUUAUAUUACUAUUGUAUUUGUAAUGACUAGUUCUGGCAUUUAUUAUUUCGUCAACCGACAGCAUGACAAAUAAAAUCGAAUUAUAAAUCAUACAGAACAGUAAAAUCAGACAAGUGAUAAAUAAAACUCAACAUAAUCUAGACUAAUAAUUCAAACUUAUGUAGUUCUGUAAUUUGUGCAAGCACAUCUGACAAAUGUUACGAUAGAAUUAUGUUUUAAAUAUAGUUUUGAAGUUCUUGACUAAUGUCGUUAAGCUCGGGGGUUUUCAAACUAAUGUAGUUAUGUUAUACAUGCACGAAUGUCUUAACAAAUGUUAUAACAAAAUUAUAUUUUGGACUAUUUGUUUGUAGAUUAGAUAUAAGUUUGAAUUAAAUGUAAUAAUACUCUAUGGAUACACCAAUUUGAUUUCUGUUCUUCUGGAACACCUGUCAAAACUUUAAUUCUUCAUGAAAAAAAAAUAAUUUAAAAACAGAGAGUACUGGGUUGCAUUAUUUAAAAGGUAUUAGUUCCCAAGUUUUAAAUUUUGAAAUUUUAAACAAAACGUCUUUUACGAGAUUCGAGUGACCUUUUAUUUAUCAAGACACCGAAGAACAGAAAAUCAAAUAAUUUUUGCCUAAUUUUUUGCUGCCUUGUGGUCGAGUUAAUUAUAACAAUAUAUACUGACGUACAUCAGAAAAAAGACUGGGAGACGAUUGAAUAAAAAAAAACCCCAAAAACAUCAAACUGAAUCAGAAAUAAAAAUGGGGUUUAAUGUCCAGGUCCCGGUUUCAGAAAACAUUCUCAGUCUUAAGAAUUUACUCAAAAUUGUUCGCCUUAUUUUAACUAAAAUAUAACUCUUUUUAAAACUUUUUUGUUUUAAUGUAUCAAAUACACCAAUAAGAAACUAUGUGCAAAUUUUGGCGUUUCUGGAACAAAGGUAUAAUAUUCAUAAACAGUGAUUGAAAGUUGAGUAAAUUCUUAACUCAAGUCUGAGAAUGCUUUGUGAAACCGAGACCUAUUCUGUACCAUCUAGGUAAUGUUGUCGAUCAUGCACCCUGUAGUGUGCUGCGAGGAAGUCUUUGCCCAGACAGCGGCGAUACUGUCUACUUUUAUUUAGAUUUCAAACUGCCAGGGGAUCUUUAACGUCCCGCCAAUGGUAUACAAAGGGUUGUGGUUUUUCGUCCCAUCCGACUAGACGAUUUCCUACAAAGCCCACCGUCUUGCAUAAUUGACAAGGGAAAACCAAGCGGGGAAAUCCCGAGGAAAACUUUCUCAGCUAAAACCUGGGAUCAAACAAAAUACGUCCUGCUUACCGAGCAAGCCUCAUAUCCACUGGUCUCCGCUUCCCCGAUCCCCGACAAACGGAACCUCUGAACUAGAACAGGUUGUAUGUCAUCGGUUACAACGAUUAUGUUUACCCCCAUCCGUUUCAUUAUCCAAAUUAGAAAGUGAUUUUAGUGCAACUUAAUUUGUGUAUUGUCUUGUGUACGUCAGUAUAGAUAAUUGUGUAUAUAGAUAUAUAAAGAUUGUACAGUUUUAUUACUACACACCAUGAUCACCCAUUUAAUAUAUAUAUAUAUAAAUAUAUCUACUCCUCGUCAUGUACAUUAUCAUUAAAAUAUUAAUAAAGAUUUUAUAUCUGUA